GCAGAAAGGAAAGGUUCGGUCGCAAUCGAAAAAAAAUCGCGUGAAAAACAGCAGUGAAACGUCGCACUGACAGUGAGCAGCAGCAGCAGCAGCAGGGCUGGCUGAUGGAUGGGAUUGUUUUUCUCCCUACAUGGCACCUACACUGUUCUGUAGAAGUUAACCGGAACUGGGCAAAAGGAAUCAAAUCCUGUUCCGUUUAUCGGAAUUCCCGUUCCAAUUCGGUUGCCUUCGUAGUGAGCGAGGUGGCACCAGGCGCCAGUCCAGUUCCUAAGUCAGUUCACAUAUUGUCGACGGUGGCAAAGUCGGUUCGGUUGUGUGCGUGUGUGUGCCUACAUGCAGACGUGCGUGCGUGUUGAUUUGUCUCUUCCCGCGAUGGACUGCAUUCGUGUCGCGCUAUUCACACGAUUCACGCGCUAAUCCACCGCCACACAUACACACAUUCAUAUCGUCAGCAGGGAACACACCGUCAGCAGCAGGUUAGCAGGAUCCUUGGCACCAGCAAAACAAAACGAAACCCAGCACGCACCAGCCGGGUAGCGGAAUUUGUUUUGUAAAAGCGGCAGCAGGCGAAACCCGAAACAGACCAUCACCACCACCACCACCACCACCCAACCAGCCCAACAAGACGUCGACGUCUUUGAGAAAGGAGAGUGAAAUCCGGGAGUGAGAGAGAGGACCAGGCAACGCAUUUCGCGCGUGGUACGUGAUCGUGAGAAAGGGCUACAAAUCGAACGCAGAUCACAGCAGCCACAGUGAUUGGGAGAUGGUGGUGCUGUUGCUGCUGACAGCGCGAAAAUAAACCCCAGCUGAUUUGGGGCUGCGAAAAGGAACGUACGCGGAGUCUUGUUGGGUGGUAGUUCCCGUGCGACGGGAAGGGAGAAUGAUUCUACGAAGUGUUUGCUGAGAGGCCGCCGCCGCACAUCAGCAUAGCGAGUGUUCCGGUUCCGGCUGUGUCACUCACAGUCAGCACAGAGGUUAUUACGAAAGCCUCGGAAGCCGUUAGCCAGCCACACACAGACACAUACCCACACACACACACACACACACACACAGAAACCCGCCCCAGCCACGCCGCGAUGGACAAUCGACUCAACAUUGGUUCGGAGGUGCGUGAGCUGAAGCUCGGUUCGACCUUCACCAACGCAGCGGCACCAUCGAACCAGUUCCACACGAUAAAAUACGAUUUCAAACCGGCCAGCGUCGACGUGAACAAACCGGCGGUGCUGGAAAUUAGUGCCAACAAGCAGGUCACCGUUACCGUGCCGCACCUGGAUGGUUCCGGUGUGCCGAAUACCGUCUUCAAGGGUAAUCAGCGCGAUUACUCGCGGAAGGACUGCGUGCUCAUACUGAACCGGGCGACGGGUGAGAUAACGCUCGAACAGCUCAACAGCAGUAUCGUGGUGAAGAAGACGAGAAUCGAAAACAAGGCACCUAAUCCACCACCAUCACUGCCAACGAUAAAGGUCGAAAACAACACCGCACGCCAGAGCUCCAAGACGAAGAUUACGACCGGCGUGCGGAAGAAUGCGCCGAUCAGCUUCAUGCCAAAGCACUCGCCACUGCAGGGUUCGCCGUCCUAUCCGCACCGGAGUCCCCAGUCGGCCCCGGCCUGGAACGCCAACAAUACUCAACAAACCUUGCCAAGUAUUCCGAUGAUUGGGCUGGACGACGGGAUGGACUUUGGUACCGUGAUGCCACCGUCCUCCUCCUCCACCAAUACUUCCAACUCCUCUUCCUCCUCGUCGGGUGCUACCAUGAACAAUCAUCUGAACAACAACAACAUCAGCAGCAGCAGCGGAGGUAGUGGUAGUAAUUCCAACCACACCAACAACCACCACCAUCACCAGCAUAGCAGUAGUAGCGGUAACAGCAACGUGGGCAAUAGCAUGGCUAGCUCGACCAACAGUGGUAGCAGUAGUACGAGCAACAACCAUAGCAACAGCAGCAACAGUAGCUACCUGAAUCACGGUUCGACGCAGAACAACAACAAUCACCAUGGCAGCAGUGGUAGCAGUGGCAGCAAUCAUCACCAUCACAGCAAUCACCUCAGCGUCCCGUCCUCGUACGGCGGUGGUGCCGGUGGUCGGAACCAUCUGCACAGCAGCGAACCGUCGAUGCCGCCCAGCGUCGAGGUUAGCUUGCCGCCCGAUCGGGAUCUGUUACCGCCGCCGGUGGCCGUGACGGGAAUCGGUGUUGGAGCGAGCAGCGAUCCGGAAAUGAUGACGUCCUCGGAGUCGGACGGUUCGGAUGAUUCUGACUCGAGCAGCAGCGACCAGGAAUCGGACAGUUCGACGGAAGAUAACAACGAUUCACCAGUGAAGGAGUCCAUUUUUGAUCCACGUCCGGAUCCGACGAUCGCGGUUACCUCCGCUGCAGUAGAUCUGAGCAAGGACCUCUGCCUAUCAUCCAACUCCGACUCGGACGAUUAAUCGUUGGAUGGCGGCUGCUGCACACCACCGUGUGCUGCAGAGGAUCGUUCGAUCAAGCGAACCGGACAAACAUAACAAAGUCACACAAGCAGCAGACGUUAGCAGCGCGAAAGCGAAAGGACAGUGGGACAUUUAGGGGAUAGAAAAAAUGUGUAAGCAGCGUAGAAGAGAAAGAGAGAAAGAGGAAUCGUUAUAGCAGCACUGUACAUUUUUUGUUUGUUUAUUUUAAGUUUUUCUUCUUUGUUUUGUUAGUGUGUGUGUGUGAGUGUGUUGCCGGAAAGGGGGAAUCAAGCCCCUGUGCCGCCGCCCCCUUGUCCCCCCAUUUGCUAGGAAAAUUAUUUAUAUUUAUAUAUGCUCAAGCAGCAAGCGUGCAUGCGCUGAUGGCACGCAAAUGUGUACCCCACUAGUACUGUCCCGUGUUUUUUUUUAAACGAAGUUAAACGAUCUGCGCAACGACGAUUAGGACAGUUUGGAUUUUGUAACGAAGAAAGCAGCAGGAAAAAGGACAAUACUUGCAACGACAACAACAAAACAGACACACUUUCUGUUUUCUCAGCUAAGCAAAAAGAGAAGGGCAAACAAGAGCAAGCAAGUGGGUGGCAUAUUACUAGGAGAUAAUUAGUCAAAUCUGUCGCAUCCGGGCAUCCGCCGAGAGUCCGGCUGCUGAUAGCAGUGUUUUCAGUUGUUGCCCAUCAGUAACAGACAAGGGUUUCUUCAUGUUUUGUUUGUUUUCUUUUUGUUUUGGUGCGAUUUAUUUACACACAUUGCCGUGCUUCUUCCAUUCUUCUUCUUUACCCUGUUGUUGUUGGCCUGUGUGCGUGUGGGAAGAAAAAAAAAACAAAACGAAACGACUGAAACAUGGUUAAACCGAAGUGACCGCGUGUAGAAUCGCCUUACUAGAGACACGAAGGGAAAGAGAGACAAAGAGAGGCAGGAAUGGGCAGGUGUAACGAGGACAACACGAGGAUGAGAUGUGUGAUUUAUUUUUUUAAACAAAGAAAACGAAAAGACAUGCAACUAGUGGAAAGGCUCCGCAGUGGAAGAGAAGAACAGGAACAAGCAAAAAUCAAGACUGUUACCAACAGCCCCAAGCGCAAGCGGCAAGGAUAUCGUAACGGGUUCCCGCCGUGCAUCUUCAGCCUCGUUGCGUAUGUACAUAAUUACUGAAUCUUUCCAAUAACAUCCACCCACCGUUCCAUUCCACGGGGAUGGUGGCGCACUUUAGUAGAAACA